ACGAUGAUGUGGACAUCCACAUAAGGAACGCCACGGCACAUCAUUAUUUAAACAUUUGAAAUGAGUGAAAGGAUUGUAAGCUUGUUGCUGGCCUCUUUAUUCAGUUGCGUUGCGGCUGAAUAAAAAGUGACAGAUUGACGUCAUUGAGACAGACGCAGAGCGAGCCCCAGCGAAAGAAGCAACCGAGCAGCGGCAGAGCAUCUUCUCUAGCUACAGAGUAGCCUACCUUGCAAACAACAUCCGUAGCCAAGAACCUCUGAGCAUCCCCGGAAAAUAACGAUAAACCUCCUCUCCCCCUCUCUGCAGAUAAACCAGAUAAAUAACAUGGCCACCUCCUCCUCCCCUAAUCUGGAAGAAGACGAGAGUCUGAAGGGCUGUGAAGUGUUCGUGCAGAAGCACAACAUCCAGCAGAUCCUCAAAGAGUGCAUUGUCAACCUGUGCAUCGCCAAGCCUGAGCGUCCUAUGAAAUUCCUGCGGGAGCACUUUGAAAAGCUGGAGAAGGAAGAGUCUCAGCAGAUCCUGGCCCGCCAGAAGUCCAACUCUCAGUCGGACAGCCAUGAUGACGAGGUGUCCCCCCCGCUGCCCAACCCAGUGGUCAAGGCCCGCCGCCGCCGGGGAGGGGUCAGUGCUGAAGUCUACACUGAAGAGGACGCCGUCAGCUACGUCCGCAAGGUGAUUCCUAAAGACUACAAGACCAUGACUGCUCUGGCCAAGGCCAUCUCCAAGAACGUGCUGUUUGCUCACCUCGACGACAACGAAAGGAGUGACAUAUUUGAUGCCAUGUUCCCUGUCAUGCACAUUGCGGGAGAGACAGUUAUUCAGCAAGGUGAUGAAGGAGACAACUUCUAUGUGAUUGACCAAGGAGAAGUGGAUGUAUAUGUGAACGGAGAGUGGGUGACCAGUAUCGGGGAGGGGGGCAGCUUUGGGGAGCUGGCCCUGAUCUACGGGACCCCCCGAGCCGCCACCGUCAAGGCCAAGACUGACAUGAAGCUGUGGGGCAUCGACCGGGACAGCUACCGACGCAUCCUCAUGGGUAGCACACUGAGGAAGAGGAAGAUGUACGAAGAGUUCCUGAGCAAGGUCUCCAUCCUCGAGUCUCUGGACAAGUGGGAGCGUCUGACUGUAGCUGAUUCUCUGGAGCCGGUCCAGUUUGAGGACGGGGAGAAGAUCGUGGUACAGGGAGACCCCGGAGAUGACUUCUUCAUCAUCACAGAGGGUACAGCCUCUGUUCUCCAGCGUAGAUCUGACAAUGAGGAGUACGUCGAGGUUGGUCGUCUGGGGCCAUCCGACUACUUUGGUGAGAUCGCCCUGCUGCUGAACAGGCCGCGGGCGGCCACAGUGGUGGCCCGGGGACCCCUGAAGUGUGUGAAGCUGGACCGGCCCCGCUUCGAACGGGUCCUGGGGCCCUGCUCGGAGAUCCUAAAGAGGAACAUCCAGAGAUACAACAGCUUCAUCUCUCUCACCGUGUGAGGGCCACCGGGGCCAAAUGGGGAGGGAAAGGUGCGGAUGGGUGGGGAAGGGGGGUUCCGGUGACAGGGCUUCUUCCUGCCUUUUUUUCAUUUGGCUCUGUUCUUCUAAUUCUGAUCUUCUUCUUCUCCUUCACUUUGACCUGUAAUGUCUCUGUAGCUUUAUUUAAAUGAACAAUGAAACAUGUGGGAUGAAUGUGGCGAGGACGGACAGAUAGUGUGGAUGUACUUUAAAUGGCUCAUAUGUUACAGGGGUCAUAUAUGUUUACUGAAUAUGAUACAUGCUUGGAGAAUGCAAUGAAUGGAGGUAGAUUGCACUUGUAUGUAUUUUAUGAGGAAAACUAUAACAGGGGAGGGGUGGGGUAAUUCAGGAAGGGAAGUCAUGAAUUCAGGAAGUGAUGUCAUGUUUACGUACAGCGAUGGAGGAAGUUGGGUGUCUUUGCGCGCUGGUUGUAGUUUUUUGCCUUUUCGCUUUAGGGUCCUGGUCGUUGGUCCGUGGUUGCCAUUUCUACGUCAAAUCAACCCACUACCUGAUGACACAGGCCUUUGUUACCUAAAAACUAGAGGUAGACGUAAAAACAACUUUUAUUCUUGUCUGUUUCAUUGAUCUUAAUGCUUUUUAACUGUGCUUGUGUUGCUGGUACGAAUGACGAUGGGGUGUUUGUUAGAAGUUAUAUUUUGAAUAGGGGUUUUAUUGAUGGAUGCUGCAAAUGUGCCAUGUGAAGGAGUGUGGCUUUUAUUUUGUAAAGAUACCUCCAUUCUGAUGUUUUAUCUGAAUCUGAAUCUGUAAAUUGUUCCAAAGGCGCAAUAGUGUUUGUUAGGUUAACACACACACACACACACUCUCUCAAACACAUAACACACAGACACGGUCACACACUAACAGACACACACAUGCACAUGUACACACACAUACACAAACAUACACGUUCUGACAUACACUCAUACAGGUGGAUAUACACACACACACACACACACACACACACACACACACACACACACACAAACCCACUCACACACACACACUCUCUCAGGACUAUAAAUUCAUAAUACAAAUGUCUUACACUGGAUGCUUUUUCAGCUGAUUUUGGUCUGUGUUAAAUUGAUUGGUGAGAUCAUUUUCCAUCACUUUACAGUUCUUAGCUUUUGGUGAAUACAGCAGUUUGUUUAAAUUGUUUUGAUGAUGUUGAUUUAAAUGUUAUUAUAAAUGUUUAAACCAGAGAAAUAGACAAAGUUAUGUUACUCUCUUUCUAAGUCAUUGGAGAUUGUGAUCUCUAUCUCGAUUCAAAGUUGCACAAUAAUUGACCAAUGGCAGAUGAUGUCCAAUGGAGCUGACCUAUAGAACAGCAUCUUUCUGUAUUCCACACUCUCAUUGGUUCUCAUCAUAUUAUUCCAUCCUUUUCAGCAAAUAAAUACAAGCUUCUGAA